CCUGGCACAUUCUGAGACAGACAGACAGACAUUCAAUUGACUGCUACUGUGCUAAAUUCAGGAUUGUCAUCUGCAUGAAUAUGACUUCUCCACGGACAUUUGGAUUCUCGCUCAAUAGCAACAGAGUGUCGGGACCUAGCUGGGGAGUGUUUUGUCGAGCUCUGCUCUGCUGGCGAGUUGCAGAGCACAGGGAGGUAGAGAAGGAAUAAAAAACCUUGCAUACACUUCAGCCGUGUUACUGUUGGAUCCUUUUAGAUUAGCAGGCAGAUCAGAUCGACAGGCAUUCCCACGCAAUAAACCUUGCUGUCUGUCUUUCCGACAUUUGCAACAUUGUGACAAAUGGAGGGAUGUAACAAUUUCCCUCUUCACUUGAUCUGCCUGAGACUGACUUACCCCGGCGUGUAUCCUUUUGUUUCAGAGACCCAGGCGUCCUCCUCAGUCAAUCCCCCAAGAUCGACUGUGGGUUAACCGGGCGGACAGAGCCCCCUCCUUAGCCCCCCUCCCCCUGUCUGUGCCCCCAGUUUCUCUCUAUUCCUGAUUCGCUAUAGUUUCUAUUUACCUUUGCUAAACCACCCUAAUCUUUCUGCUAAGAUCUCUUUCUUUCUCCCUCUAUCUAGCUCGCUCACUCUCUUUCGCUCUCUCCCUCCCACUUCUUGCCAUCUCCCUCCCCUAGCUUCUUCAAAGCCAGCAGUGCUCUAUUCUAUCCAGGAUGCUUGCUACAUGAUAUCUCGGAACACAGCGUUCGACGCUGCUCUCUCGCUGCCUGAUGCCGGAGCUGUCUCAGAUUUUAAUCUCAAGAACGGCAGGAUGCUCCUGCACAGGGAUUGAUCCCCCCCUUUUCCCUCUCGUUCUCCCCUUCCCCUCCCCUUUCCUAAUCUCCCACCCUCUGACCCUCACCCCCGCUUCUCUUUCCCGACACCCCUUCCCAUUCUUUCUCACCCCAAGCCUCCUCUGCCCCUCUCUGCUCUUACCCCCUUGACCAUGUUGCCAUGUGUCUGCUGGCUCCAGCCUCUCCUCGUCUUGCUGUCCUCUGUCUUACGGGCUCAGGGGGAAAACUGUCCAGCUAGCUGCCUGUGCCCGGACCCCCACACUGUGGACUGCAGCGGCCGUGGACUCACCCGUCUUCCUGAUGAAAUCCCCUUGGACGUCCGCAGGCUCCUUCUGUCUGACAACUGUAUCCCCCGCAUUCCCUCUGACUUCCUAGUGCUCUACAGUGACCUGGUCUACCUGGACCUACGGAACAACUCUUUGUCCCACAUCGAGCCGGGCACCCUCAGCACCUCUUCCAGGCUGGUGUUUCUGGACUUGGGCAGCAACAACCUGACUGAGAUCCCCUCGGGGACCUUUGGGCAGUCCCGUAGCCUGAUCAAACUCCGCCUGGGCAAUAACCCCUAUCUGAGCAGGGUCAACGAGGAUGCAUUCCUGGGCCUCACCUCCCUGCGUGAACUGGAGCUGGAGCGUAACGCCCUCUCUGGCCUUCAGGUGGGGGCGCUAAGCCAGUUGCCCUCUUUACGGGUGGUGAGACUGGAGGGCAACCCUUGGGUGUGCAACUGCAACUUUGCCAACCUGUUUGGAUGGCUGGAGGAAAACAGUCAAAAGCUUCCAAAUGGAGUGGAGGGCAUGGAGUGUACAUUACCCAUGGACGGCAGACGGGUGUCCCUGAGCCAGCUAUCACAGGACAGCUUCCGGGAGUGUCAGAUCACCCUUACCUUAACAGACUUACUCAUCAUCAUAUUUUCUGGCAUCUCUGUGUCCGUAGUGGCCAUCAUGACCAGCUUCUUCCUGGCCUCCAUUGUCCACUGUUUCCAGCGCACAAGCAAAACCACUAAGGGAGAUGAGGAGGAGAGUGAGGAGUGAGACUCACUGUGUCCCAGAGCACGCAUGAACUGACACUUCAUCUGGCCCGACCGUGAGACCAGGCUGCUGCCCAACAUGCUGCCCAAACUGCCGCCUCACACAGGUGGAGAACUGGGAGAGGAAUAGAGGGAUUGAGUGACACAUUUUGCAUUGGUUUGUGGGGUUUUCCAAAAGCCCUGAUACUGCAGAUGCUGUUCUCUCUGCAUGUGUGGAAAAUAUAUAAACAUGUCCCAAUGAGUUAUAGUCACAGAUAGAAUAGAUCAUUCUCUAUGUCUAUGGUGUUCACAGUGUGCUGUGGUUGCUCUUUAAAAGCAUACUGAAUAGCUCUUUAUUACACACAAAUUCACUGGUGGUUGAUGAUUCGAUAGGAACACCAAGAUGUAGAAAAAAUAAUACGUUUAUAAAGAGUUGCAUACUUUGCAGUUACCUUUUCCGUGCCCAGCCUAGAUCCAAACAAAGACAUAUCCAAACAAAGACAUUAUUAGACAUAACAUAAAAGCAAGUAAUACAGAUUUUCAGAAACUAUUUACUAUUUGGUUUGACAUUUUUACAUCUUACAGACGUUCAUACAGAGUCAUUAAACUGUGAUUUAUUUUGAAAUGAAGUAGCUAUAAGUAGCCGCAGGCUCUUAGAGCCCAAAAUGAGUAUUGUGUAUUGGCUAAGUGAAAAUGUUUGUUGAAGGAUACAGUACGUCUCAUAUUGAACCAGGGCCUUAGAUUGCCAUUGUAAUCCUUGGGCGGGUCACCUAAGCGUUGUUUUGGGCCAAAACAGAUUGAAAAACACUUUCAGUGUAAACUUAAAUGACUAAAACCAGAUAUAAAGUAUGCAAAAAAGAUAAU